GUUUUUUGGCUUCCACGUCAGCGAUGGUGAUAAUACGGGCUUCCAUACUACGUUAUAUAACGAUAUCUAUGCGACUAGUUGGACAAAGACUUGAUCGCGCGUGAUGCUUGGUAUGCAAUUAACAAGCUCUUUCCACCAAUGUGGUAAUUUAAACAGUAGGCAUGCAAUUAACAAGCUUAUCCCACCAAACCUCGCGGGGCAAGUACAUCCAAUUGUUGACUCGACUUCCUUCCUUGCCCUUUCUUAACGUCUUGUCUCUCGUCUUGGCCGCCCUCUAUUCAAACCAUGUGGGACUUCCUCACCGUUUGGCUGCGCAUAGUCGCCGCCUUUCCCCUCUCGGGCUUGCUCAUCCAAUCCCACAAGCAUGCCCAGUCCCCCUCCUCCUCCCCAGGCCUCCCAAUGGUGAUCAACACGUGGGGCGGCCCCUUCACAGCAGCCACAGACGCCGCCUACGAGGCCCUAACCUCGUCGCCAUCAGCAUCGUCAGCCUCCUCUGCCGCCCUCGACGCCGUCGAGAUGGGCUGCCGGGCCUGCGAACGCGGCCGCUGCGGCGGCAGCGUGGGGUACGGCGGCUCGCCGGACGAGUCGUGCGAGACGACGCUGGACGCGCUGGUCAUGGACGGCUCGACCAUGGACUCGGGCGCCGUGGCGGGGCUGCGGCGCGUGCGCGACGCCGUCUCGGUCGCGCGCCGCGUCCUCGAGCACACGGCCCACUCGCUGCUCGUCGGCGACCUGGCCACGCGGUUUGCCGUCGAGAACGGCUUCGACGAGGAGGAGGAAGGCGGAGGGGAAGGUGGUUACGGCCUCGCGACGCCCGAGUCGGCGGCCUUGUGUCGCCUGUGGAGGGACGCGGGCUGCCAGCCUAACUUCCGCGUCGCCGUCACCCCCGACCCGUCCCGCUCCUGUGGGCCGUACACGCCUCUCCCGCGAAACCACCUCGGGACGUCGGCGGCGGCUGGGGACGCGUCUUCAUCAUCCCGGCGGGAUGCAAAUCCGGAUCCGGACCCCGACCGCCCAGCAGUAGCAGCCGCGCACGACACCAUCUCCAUGAUCGCCAUCUCCUCCUCGGGCGCCAUGGCGGCGGCGACGUCGACCAACGGGGCGUCGCACAAGAUACCCGGGCGCGUGGGCGACGGCCCCAUUGUCGGCAGCGGGUCGUACGUCGACGGAGAGGUGGGCGGGUGCGGGGCGACGGGGGACGGGGACGUCAUGAUGCGGUUCCUGCCGUGCUACCAGGCCGUCGAGAGUUUGCGGCGCGGCAUGUCGCCGCGGGAGGCCGCCGAGGAUGCCGUCCGCAGGAUGGUGAGGAGGUACCCGGCUGUGCUGAGCGGCGUUGUCGUUGUCAACAACAGGGGCGAGCAUGGGGGGGCUGGGUCGGGGUGGACGUUUACGUAUGCUUAUCGGGGUGGGGAUAUGAAUGCUACGACGGUCGUGACUGUGCCGCCGGUGCAGGACUUGGAUUAGGGAAUGGCGGAGAUCUACGUGCGGCGCUGCGGUAAAAAAAAGAAAUAAUGGUCAUGUCCUCGGCUUCUACAUCGCGAGUCGGUGAGUGCCCUUCAGUUGCCGAGACAGUUGAU